UCCAAUCUUGGAUACCCAUCUCCUGUUGUAAACCAAGCAGUCUCCACUGCAGUGGUUUCCCUGAAGGUGCGAGAUCACAAGCUUUGUGGGGAGGGGUAAGGUCACCUUGACAAUGAUAACCUGAUCCAUUCCCUUCAUUUUGCAGAUGAGGAAACUCAAGUCCAGAGCAGCAAUGAAGCUCCUCAAGAACCAAGUUGGUGGCAGAGCUGGGCUCAGGAUCUCGCUGCGGCCCCGGCGCGCGGGGCCCGGCAGGCGCCAUGUCGGGCCCGUUCGAGCUCUCGGUGCAAGAUCUCAACGACCUGCUCUCGGACGGCAGCGGCUGCUACAGCCUCCCGAGCCAGCCCUGCAACGAGGUCACCCCGAGGAUCUACGUGGGCAACGCGUCUGUCGCUCAGGAUAUCCCCAAGUUGCAGAAACUGGGCAUCACCCAUGUCCUGAAUGCUGCUGAGGGCAGGUCCUUCAUGCACGUCAACACCAAUGCCAGCUUCUACAAGGACUCUGGCAUCACCUACUUGGGCAUCAAGGCCAACGACACGCAGGAGUUCAACCUCAGCGCCUACUUCGAAAGGGCUGCAGACUUCAUUGAGCAGGCCUUGGCUCAGAAGAACGGCCAGGUGCUCGUCCACUGCCGCGAGGGUUACAGCCGCUCCCCGACUCUCGUCAUCGCGUACCUUAUGCUGCGGCAGAAGAUGGAUGUCAAGUCUGCCGUGAGCAUCGUGAGGCAGAACCGUGAGAUCGGCCCCAACGAUGGUUUCCUGGCUCAACUCUGCCAGCUCAAUGACAGACUAGUCAGGGAGGGGAAAUUGAAACUCUAGGGCACCCCGCUGCCUCCUCUUGAGAGGUCUGCCGGGGGGGCCCUGGUUGAAGGUGUCCCAAGCCGCCAUGUUUAGGAAACACACUGUACCCUGCUCCCAGCAUCACAAGGCACGUGCCCACAAGUCUGUCCCUACACAGUCCGGGGCCACUUUCCCCCUGGGGAGCACAUAAAGAUGCUUGCUGAGGAGGGCAUCCUCGUUCCCUGAA